UUAUGAGUAGUAGAUUCCAUGGUUACCCUGGUGACGGUGGAGGGAAGACACACAGCAACAGGAACCACAGCUGUCAUGACAAUGGAUGUCAUGAACCGCACAGAUGCUCGUACCAAGAGGGAAUAUAAUGAAAGCCACUUGAUGACAGCAAUACGAGUCAAAACAAAUCCAUUGGGCAAAUACUUGGUACCUCAAUCUGUCAACCUGGAAUGCGUCAGAUACUGCGUAGUGUAUGAUGGCAAAACAGAGUCUGUGGAUGCGGCUUUUAACAUGGAUUAUGAUCUAUUUGAAGUGGAUUCAGAUCUAAGACCAUUCGACACAGGAGCGGACAUAAGAGAAUUAAGAAAGAAACCAUCAUCUGAAUAUAACGCUAAAGAAGGCUCUGCGGCUCGCUGUGCAAGAGUUAUGCAGCGGCUCACACGCUUCCCCGUCAUGGUCCUGAAAGGCGGCUACCAACUCUUUACAGCCUCCUACCAUUACCUCAGGACCCAGAAGAUAUUUUGGAUGCCUCAGGAACUGGAAGCCUUUAAGCCCUAUCCAGUAGAAAUCCUGCCCGCUAAGCUGUACAUGGGAAAUUAUGUGCAAGCCUGCGACAGCCAGAUUCAGAAGGAUCUGAAAAUCAAAGCCCACAUUAAUAUCUCCGAGGAAGCUGGCAUAUUUUUCCUUGAAGACAGAGAAAAACUCCUUCAUAUUCCCAUUCCUGAUUCUCUGGAGGCAGAUUUUUUCCCUCACUUUAGCAACAUUUGUCAUUUCAUUGAUUCUCACAUCUAUAAAGAAGCAGUCUUGGUCUUCUCCACCUUUGGAAUAAGCAGGUGUAGCACAGCGGUGAUGGCUUACCUUAUCCAUUCAUGUAGGCUUUACUUGAAGAACGCUUGGAGUUACGUCCAGAAAUGCAAAACAAACAUGCGGCCCAAUCGGGCAUUUGUGCAACAGCUAUCAGAUUGGGAACAACGGAUCUAUGUAACUGCCAUCACUGACAUUUCAGAACCAAAUUACUGACUGGCAGCUUUGUUUACCAUGAGUUAAUAGGGUGGAAAAGUGAGAAGGAAACAAUUUUUUAUUUUUUCAGAAGCUUUUUAAAGGAAACAUUACCUUCCAUUGUUGAACUGUUGCUGACUAUCAUCUGUCUCACACUCAACAGACACUUCAUUAUGUUUUUAUUUUUCACGAGCUUGUUUGUCAAGGUCAGAAAGACAUUGCAUCAGAAGCUUUCUGACUUUCCAGAAUAAACUUACGGGCACCAAAAAUGUUGUUCCCCAAACAGGAUGCUUCCACCAAAAAAGUCUUGUUUCCAGCUACAGGCAAAGGAAAGUUGUAGGCAUACCCAUGAGCUCAUAGAGUUAGGAAACAGGAAAUGUGCAUUUAGCCCUACCAGGGGGAAUGAGAAAUAGAAGCUCCAUCCAUCUUUCUGAUGUUUGGUCCUCAGCCAUUAUGCCAUAGGCAGAAGAGGGAGUAUUACAACGAGCUGAUGGUUACUCCAACUUUACAGAAAUUCUACAAAGUACCAUUCAGGGGAACAGCACAAGAAGCCAAUAUUAUGGGACACUGCAUUUUUUCAGGUGCCGGUUAAAUAUUCAGUGAGCUCUACUAGGAUUAUAUGGGUUGUACUAGGAGCCCUAAACUGAUGGAGCAAUCCUCUACAGGGAGUCCCAGGUUCAACUGUAGGAUAUGAUUGCCUCAUGAGAGAAGCCAGAAAUCCUCACACGGGUGUACUUCAAAUGAAGGGGAAUCCUGCAUGAGCAAACUAUUUUAACAAUCACUGACAAUCCAUGUGACCUGACCUCCUAUGUGUCCUAGCAAGCAAGUCAUAUCCUCCUUGGCCUGACACACCAGUAACACAUUGGUACUCCUAUCUGUGCAUUGGGACAAUGGUGGUAGAAUGCCUUUCCUACCUUCUAGGUUUCAGCACUCAAGAACUCAUCCAGAUAGCAAAGUCAUAGUCUUAGCCCAACAUCAGGAUUGGACUUCUGAAAAAGCAGUAUGCAUGUAUGGAACUACCAACCUGAUUCCUUUGAAGCCUGCAAGUCAGCUGGCAGCAGGGGUAAUGGCCCAUGUGACUCUAAUUCCAAGUCAAGGACAUAUUCAUGUGUUGCAACAGUUUCAUUAUGAAGGUUGGAAGAGUCUGGCUAGAGCAAAUAGGCUGGCAGUCUGCAGAUUGCAGGUGGCUCUCAAGCUUGUUUGUGGCCCUUACAAUCUCCCCCACCAAGUUACUAGGCACCAAACUGCAAAAUGCCAGAAAUGCCCUCCCCCAACUACACCGCCUCCUCAAGGGACUCUCAUCCGGUUGUGAUGGAAACUGGUUGUUUACAUCUGAAGUAGGGAGUUACAAAGACUGCAGCAAGAACAGCUGUAGCAAUGAGCUCUACCGAACUCUCUUACAAAAAGCAAAUCAGCGCAGACCAGUUUUUUUAAAAAAUUCAAUUAAUGUUCAGAUUUCUGAUCUUUAAAAAAAAUGAAUUGAAAGAAUAAGAGGAAUAAGAGGUCCCCGUCAAUAAACACCCCUGUGACUUGGAGCACUGGUGACACAGAUAAUGAUGGCCUAGUUUGCACCUUGCCUGAUCUGGAAAGGGUCAGACCUGGUUACUUUUGGAUGGGAGACCAGCACAAAAAUCACAGGGCUGAGGGCCAGACUGGGAGAUCAGAACAGCAUCCAGAAAGAAGGAAAGAGCAAACCACUCACUGCUGCGAAGCAGACUGCGUCCGUGAACUCUCCGGUAGCUACGCUAGAUCCAGUGACUAUCUUUUGAAACUCACAAGCUAUACAAACAGAAGCUGGAGGAGCUGACAAAGCUCCAAGAUGGCAUCUCCAGUUCCAU